GUAGCGGCGGGCUCCGGGCGCGCGCCGGGCCGCAGCAGCUGCCCCCGACCUCGCCUCGGCCCUGCGCAGAGCCUCGCGCGCCCAUGGCCGGCUCGGAGCAGCAGCGGCCGCGGCGGCGGGAUGACGGAGACGCGGCGGCGGCGGCGGCGGCGGCGCCCCUGCAGGACGCGGAGCUGGCCCUGGCCGGCAUCAACAUGCUGCUCAACAACGGCUUCAGGGAGUCGGACCAGCUUUUCAAACAAUACAGAAAUCAUAGCCCGUUAAUGAGUUUUGGAGCCAGCUUUGUCAGUUUUUUGAAUGCCAUGAUGACAUUUGAGGAAGAAAAAAUGCAGUUGGCGUGUGAUGACUUAAAAACUACAGAAAAGCUAUGUGAAAGUGAAGAGGCUGGAGUAAUUGAAACAAUCAAGAACAAAAUUAAGAAGAAUGUUGAUGUCCGAAAAUCCGCCCCCUCUAUGGUUGACCGGCUCCAGAGGCAGAUAAUCAUAGCCGACUGUCAAGUUUACUUGGCUGUGCUCUCGUUCGUAAAACAAGAAUUAUCAGCAUAUAUAAAAGGUGGGUGGAUCCUUAGGAAAGCCUGGAAGAUUUACAAUAAAUGCUAUCUGGACAUCAAUGCCCUCCAGGAGCUGUAUCAGAAGAAGCUAACUGAAGAGCCCUUGACUUCUGACGCUGCAAAUGAUAAUCACAUUGUGGCUGAAGGGGUGUCUGAGGAGUCUCUAAACAGACUGAAAGGUGCUGUGAGCUUUGGAUAUGGCCUUUUUCACCUUUGCAUAUCCAUGGUGCCCCCAAACCUGCUCAAAAUCAUCAACCUGCUGGGUUUUCCUGGAGACCGCCUACAGGGGCUUUCUUCACUGAUGUAUGCAAGCGAAAGUAAGGACAUGAAGGCCCCUUUAGCUACACUAGCUCUGCUGUGGUAUCAUACUGUAGUCCGCCCGUUCUUUGCCUUGGAUGGCAGUGAUAACAAAGCAGGCCUGGAUGAAGCAAAGGAAAUUCUUCUCAGAAAAGAAGCUGCUUAUCCAAAUUCUUCCCUCUUUAUGUUUUUCAAGGGACGCAUACAACGAUUAGAGUGUCAAAUCAACAGUGCCUUGACUUCCUUCCACACUGCUUUGGAACUUGCAGUCGAUCAGAGAGAAAUCCAGCAUGUCUGUCUCUAUGAAAUCGGUUGGUGCAGCAUGAUAGAGCUGAAUUUCAAGGAUGCAUUUGAUUCCUUUGAGAGGCUAAAAAAUGAGUCCCGGUGGUCACAGUGCUAUUAUGCCUAUUUAACUGCGGUUUGUCAAGGAGCCACUGGUGAUGUGGAUGGGGCACAGAUUGUCUUUAAAGAAGUUCAGAAACUCUUCAAGAGGAAAAACAAUCAGAUUGAACAGUUCUCAGUGAAAAAGGCGGAGCGGUUUCGGAAACAAACCCCGAGCGCGGGGCUGUGUGUGCUGGCGUCCAUCGAAGUGCUGUACCUGUGGAAAGCCCUUCCCAACUGUUCCUUCCCCAACCUCCAGAGGAUGAGUCAAGCUUGCCAUGCAGUGGACGAUUCAUCUGUCAUUGGAUUAAAGUAUUUGCUUCUUGGUGCCAUACACAAAUGUCUAGGAAACUCAGAAGACGCUGUUCAGUUCUUUCAGCGAGCUGUUAAAGAUGAGCUGUCUCGUCAGAGUAACUUGUAUGUUCAGCCAUAUGCUUGCUAUGAACUUGGCUGUCUUCUAUUAGACAAACCAGAGACUGUAGCAAGAGGCAGAACUCUACUUCUUCAGGCAAAGGAGGAUUUCUCUGGCUACGACUUCGAAAACAGACUGCAUGUCCGCAUCCAUGCUGCUCUGGCCUCUCUGAGGGAGCUGGUUCCUCAGUGACAGACCCGGAGUUCCCGCUCUGUCCCUCCGCACCCAGGUUCUGCACUUUAAAGUAAAAGCAGAGGACACGGCUCUUAGGAAGAUCAGCUUUUCUUCUGAAAACCGCCCAUACCAGGGACACACUUUCCCAGUUAGGCUGACAUAUUCAAGAUCUCCUCUUUUAAACAUAUAGCUAAAAAGUAAAAAUAAUGAUGUUAAUAGUGAUACUAACUAACCACCUGGGGAGAGGGGUAAGUGACCUUGUUCAAACAUUUUAGUUUUGUGAUUUAUUAUUUUUAAAAUAAAAUCAAACUGAAUAUUCAACCUGUGAUCUUGUAGGAAUGCCUACAUUAAGCACAUAUCUGAUUGGGAAACACUAAGAGGUCCCUGUAAAAUUAUUAACAAUAUCAUGACAUAGCAUUUAUAUUGUGUUUUGAAAAAAUAAAAGUGCUUUCUAGUGUUUUACUUUAUCCUCAGACUAUUCCUGUGAAUAAUAUAGCACAGAUAUUCUUAUCCCCAUUGUCCGGAUAGUGAAACUCAGGCACAAAAAGGCUAAUUGACUUAUCCCAGGUAAUUAUUCCUUUUAUCAGUGGAGCGAUGAAUAGAAUGCAGAUCUCCUGACUGUGGACCGAAUAUUCUUUUAUUGUAAAAAAUAUAUGUUAAUAACCCAGAAUUCCAUGUUUUCCUUAUUAAAAAGCAAAUGCUCUUCAGCUGACGUUGUGUCAUCAAAAAUACCUAUCUCCACAUUGUCUACAAAAUGUUUCAAAGUGAGAAAUACUUUUUUCCUUUGAAAGCCAACCAAGUGGAAGCAAAUAGAGGAUAGUUUUACAACCGAAAGUAUAACUGUUUUGAUAGUUUAUUAGAAAGCCUAGUCUAUAGACUAGAUAAAUAAUACCUACAUUUUAGGAGUUUCCUUUCUUUGUGAUAAAUUGUCUAAUUACCAACUUUUAAGUUACUUGAAAAGGUUGUUCUUGAAUGAACAUAGGUUUUUUGGCCUCAAAAUAUUUGCUGGUGAGGAUUUGUUGGGCUAUCUGUUACCAGGAUUUAAUCAUUUUCUCUUUAGCUCAGGUUGUUCAAUAUUAUAAAAGGAGUUCCAAGUUAUUUUUUAAUCCUUUUUGCUAAUUUUUGUUGUCAUUUAAUUUACCUCUUUGUCCAAUACUGCACACCUGUGGUUUUGAAGAAUCUAAAUACCUCAGUCACCUAAGAAUUUCUGCCAUAAUUGUGUGACUAACUUGGCUCAAUCUUAAGGUUAUAUCUCUUUUUUUUAACUUAUAUUGAGCUAAAGAGUUUCAUCUUGGGAUGUCAUUUAUUUGUAUAUCCUGUUAGCUGAAGCAUGAUCUUAUGCGAGGUUAAUACUUUUAUAUUUAUUUUCAAAAUAAAACAUAGGAGGAGUAGCUAGAAUGUUGGCAGCUUUAAUCUACUUAAUCUGGUUUUGAGGGACUGAUAAUUUCUUUGAAAGAAAUGAUUAUUCCUCACUGACUUUGACUAAACCGUCUUCAUGUCUCCUCACUUGCAAAGUGUUUAUUCACGUUGACUUUCUGGUGUGAAUCCUGCAGGAUUUUAGACACUAGCCAGAGAGAAAAGAUUGCUAUCCUACGUUCAGCGAAAGAGAGAUCCAGAAGCCAACUAGAUGCUUUCUAAAGAGAAAAAUUGGUGUCUAAAAAUAUUGGAUACCUGGUUUUAUUGAGGCUGAAGGGAAGAACAUUAGGAAUCUUUAAAAUAUGGCUCUUGCCAUUUUGCAGUCUUCUUGACUAUAAUAUAUGUGGCAAACUUCUCAGUUAUGAUUAUGCAACAUUCUGAAUCAUGAAGUUCUUCAGAGUUUGUACUUACUUUAAUUUUCAGUUCAAAUAUUAUUCAAACUAUUUUUCAGUAUUCAAAGAUUACAGAAAGCCCUGUACUUCAGAAUUUUUUUUAAAAAAAUUGUGCUUGCAUUAACUACUUAAAAAAAUUAUUUUUAUUUCUCCAGAGAAAAUUCAGGAUUUCAAAUAAGUUUGUAUUCAGUUCACUUAACUGAACAGAUAACUUUAUAACACUGUCUGCUAGGUUUUCUUUAAUAGUUAAAGAAUACGUCUGUUUACAAAGUCCCGCCUAGGUUUGGUGCAGGAUGGCCCCUGUGGUUUAUCUGUGUUAACAUGGUAGGAGAACGUGGAAGGAGGGGUCUAUGAUGAUUCUAAAGACUCUCAAAUAACAAAACCACAGUGUGAGUACACUGUACCAUUAGAUUGACUGAAAUCGGAGUACAUUUCUGAAUCGCGUACUUCAUAAUAGUUAUCUGGCCUGUGUGCUGUGACUUAUCCAACCUGUGGACUACUGUGAUCCGCCUGGAAACUUAGUUUGGUGUAAAUUGCUCUUUACCCUUUGCUGAUGAAGAAAAUAAUCAUCUAAGCGGAACUAUUUGCAUCUAUCUGUGCUUUUUAUGUUGAUAUCACUCACUCCUUCCCCUUUCCUAUUUUGGAGGCUCUCUAAUAGAUCUUCUAAUUUAUAAGUAUCAAAUAUAUUUUUGUAUUAGAUUGUGCCUAUGAUGAGAGAAAUCUCUAAUGUAUUUUUAUGUACUUGGAACACAUGAUUUGACACACUUGGAAACAGUCUAAUAAUAAUUUAAGAUGUACCUUUGUGGUUAAUGUAUUUAAGAUCUUUUAUUGGGUUAGGUAUCGUUUUGAUUUUAGCACAUGGUAGUUAAGUACUUGACUGAGUAAAGAAUUGUUACUUCUAGAUGUCACAGAAAAUUAGAAUAUUUAUUGUCACAUAUAAGUUAAUUAUUUACAGAAUUUUCACUUUCAUAUUUCCGCCAACUAAGAUUAAAGGACAACACAUAUCUGAUUUUUAAAAUAC